GAAAAAGCUUCUAUCAAGUUGCAAGUGUAGAAGUAACGUAGAAAAAUCGCAAGAAUGUGUUAGACAUGUAUUGAUCUUAUUCUUAUGAUAAGCAAUUGUCCUCUGUAAAAACAGAAAUCUGUUGCUGCGGUUUACAGGUAAGUAUAAAUACAUAGAAUAAAUACGAAAUUAAUUAAAACGACUUAGAAAAUAUGUGAAUUCUUUUUAGAGCAACAAAAUAUUUAUGAUAAUAAAUAUCUGUCUGCUUCUGUACAUUUAUCUGUAUCGUUGCCCAGAAAUUCUUCUUUUUUAGAAUAGUUGUAAAUAAAAUAUUAUCACAAUUAACUGUUAAGAUUAAAAAUUGUUUUUAAUAUGUUUUCUGUACUUAAAUAAAAAAAUAAUUGAUGUCACCGCAACAGUAUAAUGGCACGUGUGAAAAAAACUAACACUGUGGGUAGAAAAUUGCCUGAAGAUUAUUUUUUAUUCGAUGAUCACCAGAUGUUUCUCAUGUUAUUACACGGGAUGAAAACCGGGACUAUCUUCCAGAUUUGCCGAAUACAUGUUGAUUGUAUUCACACGGAACCAUCCCAGAUAAUUAAGUGUGAUAUAGCAUAUCGGGCAAAUUAAUGCAUUGCAUAUGUUGUUAUAUACUUGCUGUACACUUCCUGACAACGAAAAAACACAUUACGAAUGCACAUGACUAUUGAUACGUUAUAUUGUUAGUAACAUGACAGCAACCUGACAGCAACAAUUUUGUAUUUAGCAAAUUUAAUAAUGAAAUGUAGCUAUUUACUUGUCGUUGAUAGAAUUCACUUGAGUGCAACCCAACAGAUAUAAUGCUGUCUCGAGUUUAGUUGCUGCAACAUUGUUGACAAUAUAACAACAAACUCACUGCAUUUGGCUAUCUAGGACAUACCACAUUAUAUAUGUCACUCUAUAUUACUUGUAUUUUUUCACAAUUACAUGUAGGCUGUUCUGGUAUUUUAGAAAUAUAACGAAGUCAUAUGAUUCAUAUUUAUAAUUUUUAUUCCAAUGGAAGAUUCUCUGAUGAAUGAAUUUUAUUAUUAUAUUUUUUGAUUUUAGAUUAGAAAAAGUAUUCUAUCUAAAAAAUUUAUUUAAAAAAUGUAGAGCUAAGAAAUUGUCUAUUAUAAGAAUAACAACUUUUUCUAUGACAGUAUUCUCUUAGUUAGUUCUCUUACAGUAUAUAUCAUUUUGUUUUUAUUAUAAUUAGCACUACAAAAUGUAAAGUUUUAUCUUUAAUCCAGGAAUAAUUAUCCCACUUUUUUGUUGCAUAAACAAUCACCAAAGAUGAUUUUUCACUACACUUGAAAAUCAUUGCUGUUCAUUACGUACUGUAAAUUAAAGUAAUUAUUCUCGACUUCUAUACUUAUUAUUCUUACUAAAUUCUAUAUCUCACUAUAUUCUAUAUCUUACUUCUACAACUUAAAAAAUUUAUCUUGCUUCUGAUAUUUCUUAUAGAAGUAACGUUCCUAGUCGACGAUAUUGUACUGUAUGUAUGAAAGCUGCACAAAUAUAUUUUUACAUUGAAUUGUUUUUCUCUUAUUUCCAUUUCACAUUUUGUUAUAAUAAAAAAAUUGCAUCGCAGCAGCAAAAAUUGUCCUAUGGACUUUAGCAAAAUAAUUGCAUGCAAAAAAAACUGACUAAAGACAAUUUCCGUUUGUAGACUCCACCGAUGGUUUCUUUCCCACGUUAUUACACGAAUAUUGCAUGCGUCUUGCCGAUCAAUUUUUCCGACACCUUCGAGUUUCGCUUCCGUAUUAAGUGCGCGUAUUUUACCUCGAUGCAAUUUGUCCGAUAAUUCUCUGAAGAUAGAAAAAAUAAAAAAUGAAAAACAAUGUAAUAAUGAAAAAAAGAGAGGAAAUGGCUACAAUAGUCAAGUAACACGAUCGGCUCUAUCGUCAGUUCUUUUGAAACCUUCGAAGCAAAUGGAAUAUCCAGAAGAGAAUUAUUAUAAACUGAACCGCUUUCUUCUAUCGGCUUGCGGACUAGAGCCUUACCAAAGCAAGUGGAAUGCUCGUUUAAUAAGAGCUUUUAUCACGGUCGUCAUAAUGUUGUCUUCAAUUUUUCAGAUCUUGUGCUGGUUUACAUAUGAAUUUAUCACACAUGAAUUUAUAGUGAAUGGGGUGCCAGCGCUUUUAAUUAAAUUGGGUAUCCUAAACAGCUUGCAUUUACGUAUCGGAAAUGUAGACAAAGUUAAAAUAUUAUUUGACCGCAUAUCAAAAGACUGGGCAUUGCAAAAGACACAUGGUGAGAUCAAGAUUAUGCGCGAACAUGCUGAGUUCUCAAGAUUAGUCACAUUCUUUUGCACGAUCUUGUCGUAUAUAGGCAUGAUGGGAUAUUGCAUAUGGUUGUGCACACCAGAAAUUCUCAAUGUUUUAAUGCCCAUGAACGAAUCUCGUCCGCGGAGGACACCCUUUAAAGACGAAUUCUUUUUAGAUGAAGAACGAUACGUUAUACUCAUUCGUUCCCACACGUGCUUUGUACUUCUAACCUUACCUAUAAUUUUCGUUACGGGUUUCACUUUAUUUAUGACUCUCACACAACACGUUUGCGGAAUGUGCAAGUUAUUGGGGUCUCGCGCAGAACGCUUAUUUCUCGUUGUUGAAGACAGAACGGAAUGCGAUUUAAUUCAGGAGUCACAAAUAAGAAACGAGAACAUGAUCGUUUUUAUACAGCAGCAUUACAACAUUAUAGAAUUCGUUGAUAUAAUUGAAACUUAUCACACAACACUGAUUUUAUCGGAUCUCACAAUAAUAAUGAUUAUAUUAAGUCUUACGAUAAUCCAGAUAUUAACUAUUUCUGAUAUCGACGGAGCUAUUAGAUCUAUUGGUAUCUCUGUUGCAUUACUAUGUUAUUUAUUCGUAUGUGGUUACAUGGGACAAAAGAUAACGGAUGAAAGUUUGAGCGUAUAUGAGAAAAUAUACAAUUCUACGUGGUACAAUGCAGUUGUUUCAGAGCAAAAGACACUGUUAAUGAUACUGAUACGACGCUGUCACCCGUUGGUCAUCACCGCCAGUAAAUUUUAUACAAUGUCUUUGCAGAAUUUUGGAAAGAUACUUCAAACAUCGCUCUCCUACUGCAUGUUUGUCAGACAAAUCUGAAAAAGUUUCUAUCAAGUUGCAAGUGUAGAAGUAACGUAGAAAAAUCGCAAGAAUGUGUUAGACAUGUAUUGAUCUUAUUCUUAUGAUAAGCAAUUGUCCUCUGUAGAAACAGAAAUCUGUUAGUGCGAUUUACAGGUAAGUGUAAAUACAUAGAAUAAAUACGAAAUUAAUUAAAACAACUUACAAAUUAUGUCAAUUCUUUUUAGAGAAAGAAGAUAAUUAUGAUAAUAAAUAUCUGUCUGCUUCAGUAUAUUUAUCUGUAGCGUUGCCUAGAAAUUCUUCUUUUUUAGAAUAAUUGUAAAUAAAAUAUUAUUAGAAUUAACUGUUAAGAUUAAAAAUUGUUCUUAAUA